AACAAAUGGACCACACGGACAUGCUGGUCAGUCGAGUUGAGCCACACGGGACAGAGAGAGAAAAAUCUGCCAUUUACUGUAACGUUUAAAUGGAUGUGAAAGAGGAGACGUUGUGAGGCUGACCUGAAUAUCAUGGAGGAGAGGACCAUAAAUGUGAAGGAGGAGGACUGUGAGUGGGAGAGUGUCCACCCCAAACAAGAGAGUCUGGACAUUAAGGAAGAGGUCUGUGAUCUGGGGUCAGUGAGUAUUAAAGAGGAGAAUGAAGAGGAGUGUGUCAGCACUGAGAGUUUCAAGAAAGAUGACCUUCAUUAUGGAGAUCAAGAUGGAUCAGUGACCGGGUUAGUGUCUUCUCAUAGCAGACACUCUUCAUCUCCAGAGUCUCCUAUCGAUGUAAAAUAUGAAUCAUUACUGUCUGACAGAAAUACGACUGAAAAAAUGUCAUCUCCUAGGACUGAGGAAGGUCAGCCACCAGCUAAGACGUCAUCUAAAACAAGAAUCAAACUUCACUGCUGUUCUGAAUGUGGCAAACAGUUUUCAAAGAGAAGGAAUCUUCAGGGCCAUCAAAUAAUUCACACAGGACAGAAGCCAUAUUGCUGUUCUGAAUGUGGUAAACAGUUUACACAGAAAAGGAAUCUUCAGAGCCAUCAAAUAAGUCACACAGGACAGAAGCCAUAUUGCUGUUCUGAAUGUGGUAAACAGUUUUCAGAAAGAAGCAGUUUUCAGCGCCACAAAAUGAUUCAUACAGGACAGAAGCCAUAUGACUGUUCUGAAUGUGGCAAAAAGUUUUCACGGACUAGCUAUCUUCAGCGCCACCAAAGAAUUCACACAGGACAGAAGCCAUAUUGCUGUUCUGAAUGUGGUAAACAGUUUACACAGAGAAGCUAUCUUCAGAGCCACCAAAGAAUUCACACAGGACAGAAGCCAUAUUGCUGUUCUGAAUGUGGUAAACAGUUUUCAGAAAGAAGCAGUUUUCAACACCACAAAUUAAUUCACACAGGACAGAAGCCAUAUUGCUGUUCUGAAUGUGGUAAAAAGUUUUUACGGAAAAGCAAUCUUCAGAAACAUCAAAGAAUUCACACAGGAGAGAAGCCAUAUUGCUGUUCUGAAUGUGGUAAACAGUUUUCAGAUAGAAGCAGUUUUCAGCGCCACAAAUUAAUUCACACAGGAGAGAAGCCAUAUUGCUGUUCUGAAUGUGGCAAAAAGUUUUUACGGAAAAGCCAUCUUCAGACACAUCAAAGAAUUCACACAAGAGAGAAACAAAUGAGCUGUUCUGAAUGUGGCAAACAGUUUUCACGGAGAAGCAGUCUUCAGAGACAUCAAAGAAUUCACACAGGAGAGAAGCCAUAUUGCUGCUCUGAAUGUGGUAAAAAGUUUUCACAGAGAAGGAAUCUUCAGAGCCAUCAAAUAAUUCACACAGGACAGAAGCCAUAUUGCUGUUCUGAAUGUGGUAAACAGUUUUUAGAAAAAAGCUGUUUUCAGCGCCACAAAAUAAUUCAUACAGGACAGAAGCCAUAUUGCUGCUCUGAAUGUGGUAAAAAGUUUACACAGAGAAGCAGUCUCAAGAGCCACCAAAGAAUUCACUCAGGAGAGAAGUCAUAUUGCUGUUCUGAAUGUGGUAAACAGUUUACACAGAGAAGCAGUCUUCAGAGCCACCAAAGAAUUCACACAGGAGAGAAGCCAUAUUGCUGUUCUGAAUGUGGUAAAACGUUUUCACAUAGAAUUACUCUUCAAACCCACCAAAGAAUUCACUCAGUAGAGAAGCCGUAUUGCUGUUCUGAAUGUGGUAAACAGUUUUCAGAAAGAAGCAGUUUUCAGCGCCACAAAAUAAUUCACACAGGAGAGAAGCCAUAUUGCUGUUCUGAAUGUGGUAAAAAGUUUUCACGGAAAAGCAGUCUUCAGAGCCACCAAAUAAUUCACAUAGGAGAGAAGCCAUAUUGCUGUUCUAAAUGUGGUAAACAGUUUACACAGAGAAGCAAUCUUCAGAAACAUCAAAGAAUUCACACAAGAGAGAAACAAAUGACACAAAACUCCCCCACCUUGUCCACAGAUGAACACAGUAAAUGCUAAGCAGCAGAAGAAAGAAUUCAUAAAGUUUGAUGAAAACAAAAAUGAUCUAAUUGGGGAAACUACAAGUAAAGUGGUAAAUACACUGCCCCUCUCCAACAGCCUCAUGUGGAAACAGAACUUACUCAUUCAUGGCUUAUGAGGGGCGAACUAAGACCAAAAGAUGUACGCCUCAUCAUAGGUGCACACAACUGUGUCUUGGACACAAAGUGAUUCAAUCAAAAGUAGAAAAAAAAAUAACCCAUAAUUGUCACUUUUGCCCCAAAGAAACAGUCACACAUCUUGUUGCUGGGUAUGAGGUACUGAUGGCUGAAGGAUUAUACGCUGCACAACACCACAAAGUGGCCAGGCUCAUUCGCUGGAAACUUGGCAAGAAGUACAACUUACCAGCACCAGAAAGACACUGGGACCACAACUCAGACAGCACAAUGGAAAAUGAGGAGGUGCAGGUCACUUGUAGCACAACAAUACAGACUGACUGAAAAAUAGAGGCCAGAAAACCAGAUGUAAGAAAUCCUGGAUAACAGAAGUAUUAGUUCCUAGUGAUUACUCAGUUCUAAGAAUGGAGAGGCAAUCAAGAAACAAAAUACCAGGAAAUGCAGUCUGAGAUAUGACAGAUGAAAUGUAGACCAAAAAACAAAAACUGAAGAAGUGACUGUUGUUAUAGGAUGAACAGGACUGAUAAAGAAAAAUAAAAAGGCCCAUCUUGACAAAUUAUAAUAACUCCUUAUGCCCUGCAAAAAGAAGCCUUAUUAGAAACAAUGCAGGUUCUACACGGAGUCCUUGAGGGAAACUUACGAGAGUGAGAAGUUAAGCAGUACAACGAGACUGUCCUGACUAAAGAGUGAAGUUCACUCCUGUUUUGAUGGUAAGCACACCAAGAAAAUUUGGAAGAAUUAAACCUGAGAGAAGCUGAAUUGUUGUUCUGAAUGUGGUAAACAAAUCUGGCACAGAAAUACUCUUCUGAUGCACAUUAAAAUUCACAAAAGAGAGAAGCCAUAUGGAUGUUAAUAAUGUGGCAAACAGUUUUCAUGGAGAAACAACCUUUUGGAUACAACAUCUACAUUUAUUUAUAUAGCACAUUUUCAUAUAAACAAUGUAGCUCAAACUGCUUUACAAGA